CUUCCACUCCAUUGAGUUCCUUUCAUUAGACAUCUUUGACUUCAAGUUUCAUCUCUUAUCAUCAUGGAACCUUUGGAAAUAUGUGAAGUCUGGGCCGAAAACUUGGAUAGUGAGAUGAAUAUAAUUCGUGAUUUGAUCGAAUAUUACCCUUACAUCGGGAUGGAUACUGAGUUCCCUGGUGUUGUGGCUCGGCCAAUCGGCACUUUUAAGACAGCGUCCGACUAUCAUUACCAAACUCUACGUUGUAACGUCGAUUUACUUCGAAUCAUUCAACUAGGCCUUACUUUAUGCGAUGAGAAUGGUCGGAAACCUGAAGGCAAAUGUGUCUGGCAAUUCAACUUUCGUUUCAGUCUCAAUGACGACAUGUAUGCGCCUGAUUCCAUUGACUUGCUGCAAGCUUCUGGUCUCAAUUUCAAACAACAUGAAGAACAUGGAAUUGAGAUGGAGUACUUUGGAGAACUACUCAUCUCUUCUGGCCUCGUUCUCUUAGAUGAUGUUAAAUGGAUCAGCUUUCACUCUGGUUACGAUUUCGGUUAUAUUUUGAAGAUGGUCACUCUCGUCAAUUUACCAGCUAGCGAGGCAGAUUUCUUUGAGUUACUCAAGAUUUGGUUUCCGUGUGUAUUUGAUAUUAAGUUUAUGAUGAGAAGCUGUAAGAGUUUACGAGGUGGAUUGAAUGAAGUUGCGAAAGAUUUAGGAGUCAAUCGACGUGGCAAGGAACAUCAAGCCGGAUCGGACUCUCUUCUCACAGCUGAUACCUUUUUUGCACUGAGAUCUCAAUACUUUGAAGAUCAGCUUGAUGAAGCCAAAUUUCUUGGCCAAAUCUAUGGUCUCGCUUCCUCCUCUUCUUCGGCCAUUCAAGCUUCUCUGUACCGAGACACCACCCCCUCGCUCGCUGAUGAUCCCCUUGCACUGCCCGCGGAUCCCAUCCCGACCCCGCAUGCUAAUACACCUGGCGCCAAUUUGAUUCGCCGGCCGAUUCCACAAAUGCAUCGACAUCAUGGUUCUAGUGCUCAAGAGCCAGGGCCGAGAGCUAGUAGUGCUGUGAGCAUCAAGAAUCCCAACGCUCCGAAUGGCAGCGACGCUGCAAACGUCAAUCCUUUCACCUCUAUGCGAUCUGGUAGCCCUGCCGUCAGGUAAUCACAUCCCGAGGUCUGGUGACUUCAUAUUGGAAAGAGCAUCCCAACCAAAGAUCAAUUCCGGGACGGCUCAAUAUCACACGAUCGGGCAACUAUUUGUAAACACUGAUCAAAAGGCUUAAAACAUAACAUCUCAAUCUCUACCAGCCAAACUGGAUGUCUGAUGAUCAACGCCAACGAGACUUCACCCACCACCAGGCCUUAGAGAGGCUGAGUUCGAUGGAGAAUAGUCUUUUUCUACCAAAUCGUUCCGCGUAGAACGUGUUUCAAUCUUGACUCAUUCUUUUUUCUCGUCCCAUCCAGGAUCACAGAUGGCCGGUGUUGAUCGUUCUAGCUCACACCAGACUCUGCCUAUUACUUCUAUUUCCGACUUACUAAUGCCAAUGGCACAACACUCCCCACAAUUUUGCAUUAUCUUAAGCGCUACCUUUGUCUUAUUUUGGACAAUGUUGUUACCCCUCUCUUGUAUCGUUUUUUUUCUGUGUUGUAAUAUGCUUAUGCUGAAAACAUUUUAUCUCGAUCAUAUUUAUGUCCUUUGCAGUUUUGAUUAAUCUCAUCAGUUAGUGAUUAUAUCGGGCGUGUUUGCAUCAUGGAAACUCUUAACCACUC